AUGAAGUUCAAGUUCGUGAGUGGUAGAAAUGGAAGACCGGUGGAGCAGAUGAUGGUCAUCGUUGAUGAGCGUGACAAGUUUUAUCAAAAGAUCUCUAAGAAAGACCCUAACACUUACGGCAAAUGGAUGGCAUAUCCGGUCCAGAUUUGGCUGCGCAUUCAAUGGCUGAUGUCAAAGACAAAAGACAUAGACAAGAAACUGUUUAACAAGUUGCUUGUUGAUGAAACUUCCCGUUUCUCCAUUCAGAAGAAGAUCAAAGGGAAGAAGGCAUCAAAGAAAUCCCAAAAGAGACUCCGCGAGCAUUCCACAGCCGGAGAAGAGAACUCUGAGGAAGAAAAGCCAGAUGUGUCAGUUAUGCCACAUCCAGAACAGUCAGUGUUAGGGCGAGAACAUACGAUGGAGAAAAUGGGAAGUCAAAACUUGCCUCCGAAAGAGGCGACCCAGGAAGAAGCGACCCAGCAUAAGUUGAGCCAUGAGUUGAACCAGUAUGAGUUGACUGAACAAGAGUCGACCCAUCCAGAGGCGACCCAGAAUGAGUCGCCCCAGCAUGAGUUGACUGAACAAGAGUCAGCCCAGCAUGGGGCGACCCAGAAAGAGUUGGCCAAGAAGGUCUCUACACUCACGAUUGAUACCCAGAAGAGCAACAAGAGGUACAAGGGCAAGGGAAAGGGUAAGGGAAAGGGAAAGUGCAUGCCUGGUUUGUCUAGCUCCAGCACAGGAAAGAAGGAUGCAGACCGUGUCACAGGUCACAUCAUAGAUAAUAUUACGGACCGCAUCACAGACCGUAUCACAGAGCAACGUGGUAGCGACCAGCAUGGCAGCGACCAGCGUGGCGACCUACUUCCGGGAGUGCAUGGCAUCGCUCUACAGGAUGGCCCGGCUAAGCAGCAACUUGCGGCAGUUGCUGGCCAACAAACACAAACAAUAAGCGCUCCCGCGUUCCCUACUAUGCCCAACGACUUGACUACUUCAUUGUCUCCAUCAUUCGAGACAGCUCGAACCCACCUCUCCCCCUCGCACUUCCCUCCCCUCAUCCACAAUGUCAUCGUUCUGCACGCCUACGAGCGCCUUGAGGUGAGGCUGGGCUUCGGUGCCCUGUCUCGAACAACAGGGACGAGACCCCGAAGAGUACCGUGGCGAUCACGAGACGCAGGAGCCAGUCUUGCGUCGAAGGCUCUACAAGGGCCAGGAAAUGACAUCCUCGUCCCAAACGACCUACCCUCCAUUGACCCCCGUGCCUCGUCUGCCUUGUCUACCACAGACUCGGCUGGGUUUGGGACAGAUGACCCCAGUUCAGAUGGCGCCAUCCAGCCAGAUGACCAAACUUCAGCUGAGUCUAGCCGACCUGGCAAGAGGAUUGUAUACAAAAAGAAGAAGCAAGGUAAACGGAAGCUUCGGGAAUUGAUGAAGCGUCAGCAAGCUCGCGAUGCGGACGUCGAGCUCCCCGUCUCUCCUGCUUCUUCUCAGGUCAAUGGAGUGGAAGUUCGGCAACACCGGGGCCCCACCCCUGGAUUACUGUUGGACUUGCGCACGCUCGGCGUUACUUGCCAUGAGCCAUUCUGCGAAGUCCUCUGUUGUUUGGGGGAUGGGGUCUCCGUUGUUUGCCCUAAGUGCGGACCGUUUUCCUUGGUCCGCUACUGCGGCAAGGACCACCUGUGGGAGGAUGCCAAGAGGCACUGGGUAGUUUGUACGCAGCUCCCAGUCCUGGAACAGUGCUUGGCCAGUUCGAUCUCUCACGACCUUCUCGUGGGUCCACCAAUGCUUCCCAACCUUCACCAGUGGGACAAACCUGAGCGCCAUCGUCAGGCGCUGUGGUUCAGUUCUGCCCGCGACCGAGGUGACUACUUCGUGUUCGCGGAGUGGGUCGACCUGGUGAAGGUUGAGGACGAUCCAGCCAGUCACCUGCAGCUGCGAUGUUCACCUCGAAUCGCACAUAUUGUGCGGUUCGAGGACGCCGAAGAGAAGGACCGGUUCCGCCGGUGCCUUGCGAUUUGUCUCUUCGCGGCGAUUGAACAUCCAGCCCUCGUGGACUAUCUUUACCGGCUUGUCCGGGACUGGAUGCGGGCUCACAAUAUGUGGGCCAGUGACAAGGACAUGGACAGCAUGCUGCGUUACCAGAUGGGACUCGAGAUGGGUGGCGCCAUCGAUCAGAGCCGUCUUGGAUUGCGGCAUGCUUGUGAGACGGAGUGGAUCGGUGCCGACCGACGCCACUGCGGGAAUCUGAUCUGCGCGAGCGAGCGUCGCCCCACGUUGCUCGGUAGUCAUGAGCAUGGGGGUUGGGCUUCCGGAGAGAAGUGUGGCUGA